GAAGUUUCAGCAUCGAGUUCACUGCAAUAUCCAACGAUGCACCGAGUAACUUGUCUGUUUGUUGUUAUUAUUACCCUCCUUACCGUCUGCCAUGGCUACAGCAUCGAGAAAAUCGUGGGAGGAUCCGACGCCCAGGAAGGCGAUUUUCCGUACCAGGUAUCCCUGCGUAGGUACAACAUGCAUUUGUGCGGUGGAUCAAUCGUAAACGAACUAUGGAUCUUGACAGCAGCGCACUGCGUGAGCGGCCAGAAUGCGAUGUGGAUAACCGUGGUUGCUGGAACGAAUCUACUGUCCGAGGGUGGCGAUUCUUAUCAGGCGGAAAAGUUGAUAGCUCACAAAAAAUACGACCCCUUCACGAUCGGUAACGACAUUGCCCUCGUCCGUCUAGCGUCUUCUAUUGUCUUCGGUCCAAAAGUACAGCCCGUUGGUAUGCCGUUCAAAGAUUCCGACGAGGUCGAAUCCGACGUGAUCCUUUCCGGCUGGGGGAGAACUUCCUAUCCGGGGGGGAUUCCUGACGUUCUUCAACGGAUUAAUCUUCGCACGAUAUCCGGAGAAUCUUGCAAGGCUGCUUUCUCCAGCAUUUAUUUAUCAGUAAGAGACAGCAACAUCUGCACUUUGACUCAGGAAGGAGAGGGAGCCUGCCACGGCGAUUCCGGUGGUCCGUUGACGACAACUAACGGAACGCAAAUUGGAAUUGUUUCCUGGGGCAUGCCCUGCGCGAAAGGAUAUCCAGACGUUUACACGCGUGUAGCGAGUUUCACGGACUGGAUAGAGGAGAAGAUCGAGCAAUAAAGGUUCACCGAUCACAGCCGGAAUGAAUCUGUUUGCCUAACGGAUGAGUUUGAAAAGCGAAGUCACAAGGUUCCGCUAAAUUGAUGGGCACCUGUUUCGGUUUGCUCGGGAAAAAUUUAUAGCCUCGCGAAGUGUUGUUUCAAUAUUGAUAAAGUUUGAGCGAAAUUUUGUCCUCGUCUCGAGUGCAAAUUUAAUCCAAUAAACGAUAUGUAUACAGACUUUGAUGAAACAACUUACGAGUAAUUCAGGCAUACCUCUCGUCUCGUUGUACAAACGAGCUUAUAGCUUCUAUUUCCAGACAAACAUCAAAUAUUUGCUUUGAAACAAUAAGACCGAGAGGGUAGAACGGAGCUGAGGGUGAGAAAGGCCUAUGAACACGAGAAAUUAUGUUUAUCGUCUACACGGCGUUAAGUAAGGAAUUAGACUUGGAAGGAUUACCGAUAUAAUUUUCAGGAUAAAUUUACUUCCUUGAGGCAUUCAAAUUUUUGUCACGAUAUUUCACGUUCAACGUUUGCACUGAUUUUAUAAUUUAUAGAAUAAAAUUAAAUUUUUAAAACUUUA